CCCUGCCCCUCUCUCUGAGCUCGAGCCACUCUUCCCCCUCUCUGCCUUCACGAGUUCUCCUCCCGAAACCUGCGCGAGGCGGCCACUGAAGCGCGAGCCGAAUCCUCCCCUCUCCCAGUCACUUCAGUCAACAUGGCUACAGUUGUAACCUCGACCAGAUUCACAGACGAAUAUCAGCUGUACGAGGAACUCGGAAAGGGUGCCUUCUCGGUCGUUCGCCGAUGCGUCAAGAAGUCCACCGGCCAGGAGUAUGCUGCUAAAAUUAUUAACACAAAAAAGCUCUCAGCCAGAGAUCACCAGAAACUGGAGCGGGAGGCAAGAAUCUGUCGUCUGCUAAAACAUCCAAACAUAGUGCGACUCCAUGAAAGCAUCUCAGAGGAAGGCUUCCAUUACCUUGUCUUUGACCUUGUCACUGGAGGAGAGCUGUUUGAGGACAUUGUUGCUAGAGAGUAUUACAGCGAGGCAGAUGCCAGCCACUGCAUCAAUCAGAUCCUGGAGAGCGUCAGUCACAUCCACCAGCAUGACAUUGUGCACAGGGACCUCAAGCCAGAGAACCUCCUCCUGGCCAGUAAGAUGAAGGGAGCAGCGGUGAAGCUUGCAGACUUCGGUCUAGCCAUCGAGGUGCAGGGAGACCAACAGGCAUGGUUUGGUUUUGCAGGAACUCCAGGGUAUCUGUCCCCAGAGGUUUUGAGAAAGGAUCCAUACGGCAAGCCAGUGGACAUAUGGGCAUGUGGUGUGAUUCUGUACAUCUUGUUGGUGGGCUACCCUCCCUUCUGGGACGAGGACCAACACAAACUGUACCAACAAAUCAAGGCGGGUGCAUAUGAUUUUCCUUCUCCAGAGUGGGACACAGUGACCCCCGAGGCCAAGAAUCUGAUCAAUCAGAUGUUAACGAUUAACCCUGCCAAAAGGAUCACUGCCGACCAGGCCCUCAAGCAUCCCUGGGUCUGCCAACGCUCCACUGUGGCCUCCAUGAUGCACCGUCAAGAGACUGUGGAGUGUCUGCGCAAGUUCAACGCCAGGAGGAAACUUAAAGGAGCUAUCCUCACAACAAUGCUGGUGUCCAGGAACUUUUCAGUGGGACGGCAGCAUACCAGCCCUGCCGCUACCACCAGCACGGCCGCAAUGGCACAGGAAGCAUGUAAAACUUUACUAAACAAAAAGUCAGACGGUGUGAAGUCGCAGGGAAACAACAGUAAAAACAGUGUAGUAAGCAGCAGCAGCACCAAAGACAGCAGCAUGUCAUCUUCAGCACCAAUGGAAGCCCAGACAACUGUUGUACACAACCCAGCUGACGGCACCAAGGGCUCCACAGAGAGCUGUAAUAACACAGAAGAGGAGGAGAUGAAAGGUAGGAAAGUGGCUGCCUGUGAGUCUACUAGUACAGACAGUGCAGUGUUAAGCCAGUGCAGCACUACUGGGGAACGGACCCAGACGCUGUCUCCUCACUGCCCACCAUCCACCUCUCGUCCCCUGCAGGAGGCUGCUAGCAGCCCCAGUGUCCCUCAGACCAGUCCAGCUCAGAGCUCCUGUCCUGAACCAGAGUCCGCUCUGUCGCCCCCCGCAGGCAGCAGCAGCAGCAGCAUGCAGCAGACUCGUAAACAGGAGAUAAUAAAGAUGACAGAGCAGUUGAUUGAAGCCAUCAACAACGGGGAUUUUGAGGCUUACACGAGAAUCUGUGACCCUGGACUGACUUCCUUUGAACCAGAGGCACUUGGAAACCUGGUGGAGGGCAUGGACUUUCACAAGUUCUACUUUGAGAACUUGCUGAGUAAAAACAGCAAGCCAGUGCACACCACCAUCCUCAACCCCCACGUCCAUCUGAUCGGCGAGGAGGCUGCCUGCAUCGCCUACAUCCGCCUGACACAGUACAUGGACAGCCAGGGCCGGCCGCGCUCCUGCCAGUCGGAGGAGACCCGUGUGUGGCAUCGCCGUGAUGCCAAGUGGCUCAAUGUGCACUUCCACUGCUCAGGAGCACCGGCUGCACCCCUGCAGUGAACUGACAACCCAGGCCCAGCUUUGCCUGAACUCUAAAGCUGUUUGGAGCAUUUAAUCUCCAUGGUCGGAUUGGUGCCUGGAUCCUGGCCGGGAAGAGUCUGCUUGGAAAGUUGUAAAAAAACAAAAGUGGGGAAAAUACAUUAUUAAAUUAAAAAAACAAAACAAAAAAAUGCAUAUUUCAAAAGCUUGACUGAAUGACCGACCAAAACCAAUCCAGUCCAACCCUAGCUAUAUGAGGUUGGGGCCCGGCUGUCAGCCCCUUCUUGCAGAUGGUGCAUGCUUCUAGUGGCGACACAGGGGUGAUGCUGUCCUGGUCCUUUUCUCCCAUGGCCUUUAUUUCCCCAUCUUUGUUUUGUCUGCUGUCUGGAAAAGUAUUAAACAUGUUAAAAAUAUAUAUAACAGAAAAACACCUUCACACACAUAGUGUAGGAUUGGGGCAGCAAGUAUAUGAGAAAAAAUGUGAUUUCUUUUUGUUUUGUCUUGAGAGAGCAGCAGAACAUCUACUUGAAUAGAAGUUUUGUUUGUUUUACAGUUAAGAUAUAUAUGAGUGGGGUUUAUGGGGACGGGAGCAACUACUAUCUACUUAAUAUCAGAAUUUAACACCCAUAUUGUGUCAGGUUUGUGCAUCUGUACACAAUGUUUUUAAGGCGUUUAGGCGUUGCGAUACAUUACUGAAGGGACCUUUAUUUUUAUUUUGUCUUUUUGUAUUAUGUGCUAUUAACUGUUUUUAUCUCCUGAAUGAUGUGUUUUAUGUUGAAAAGGGUCAUUUUUAAUCAAAAGGGUUUUAUUUAAUAGAAUUGUGUAUAAAUAGAUAUUUAUAUAGGAGAAAAGGGGAAACAUGAUUUACUUUCAGGGUGUAGAGAGGGGAGUUAAGCAGUUUUUCCCCCCCAGUUUUGAGGUCCCAAGGUGUAAAUACAAACACACACUCUCAAGGUCCCUGUGCUCCAGCCUUUAGGGUUGAACCUCUCUUCUCUUAAGCUUCAGACACAAUGUCCAGGCCAGCUCAUCCUGAAGUUGCAGAAGGCCUCCAUCUGCCUGCCCUGCAGUGUUUGGAGUCAAACACUAAGAGGCGCCAUCAGUCAAAGUCUAAAGCUCGUCAUAUCUCUGAACUACUUAAUCUGAAAGCAUGGACACACACUCAUGGCAACUUUUAAAGUUGUCUUUUAUCGUUUUUUGCGUAUUUUUGACGUGAAGCAUGAAUUAUCUUUGAACUAUCUAAUGGCCUGUACUGUUUUUGCACAGACACUUGACUCGAUGCUGUUGUGUUUGCUCUUCUGAGGGAGUGAACCUUUCUGCAACUUCAGGUGACGCUCGCCAAAAUCCUUCCCUUCUACCCUACCUCUGCCCUUCUACUUCCAUCAUUCCUGCCUCUUAUACUCUCCACAUUCGUUACUCUUGUGACCUUCGCUAACCAGCCCCAUAACUGUCUUAGUAGCACCAAUGCCAUGUGAUGAUGAUGAUGUCACCCUUAUGCCUGUCUCUUGUUCUGAUUGUGUUCUUAAAGUUUGUAUGUUGUUCGUCUUGGCUUGCUGUACUUCUGUGUGAAGUCCUGGCACUAAAAAAGCAUGUUAAAAAGGGAAUGCAGUCGAGGGAUUGGACAAAACAAAAGGCAUGAUGGGAAGAGGGUUAUGCUGGCUCGAGGGCUGUGGGAACUUUGCUGAUGGCAAUCAAUGGAUUUGGUCCCUUUUGUCACAGUUUCUGUUGUAAAUGUAGUAGUUGUUAGUGUUUUGAUGUUAAUAUUUUUAUCAAUUGUUUUAGCCAGAACUAUAAAAAUUAGGGCUUGAAAUGAAUGGAGGCUGAGACUGCCGCAACCUUUUUUUUUUUUUUUUAAUAUGCUGAACUCUUGAGACAAAAACACUUACACUCCUGUGGCUAAUUAUAUUGAAAUUAUAUUGGAAUUCACAACAUCAUAAGCACAUGAGAUCAAAGACUCUCCCUUUAAAGAAGACAAAACAUAUCUGUGUCAGUGGUUAAACUUUGCAGCACUGUUUUUUCACUGUGUCGUAGAAACUUUUGUGACUGUGUGACUUUGUACCAGCGGAGGGUUGAGGCUUGCCGUCUGUCCCGUCUCUGCGCUACACUGCUCCAUAGUAACUCAUGCUGUUAGGCUGUUGGUCACCUAAAAGAUGAAACCACGACGAUGCUUCCGAUCAUCACAUACCACGUUUACAUACAUACGCUGACAGUCAAGCAGAUUUUUAAAAAAACGUUGUGAGACCCGCCCUACUGUAUGAACCGCCUGUGCUUCUUUCUGAGUGCUGUGACAUAUCUGACAUGCCAUGAAAACUGUGUCCACCCCCCCAUGACGAUGACAUGUUGUAAAACCAGUACUGAAACUAUGUGAUGUUUUUUAUGGCUCUAAGUUGUUCUGUUUGUGCUGUGGGCUCUGGCCCAGUUGUCUGUUGAUGCCACCAAUCAAUGCUUUUCUUUCAUUGUGUGUGUGUAUUUCCACAGUCAUGGGAAUGUAGAAGAGUAAGAUGCAGUUAAACUUUACAGGUUAUCUAAAAAGGAGGGAAACUGAUCCGAGGGAAUAACCAGCCACAUGGUCAGUUUGCCAAAGUAUUUGGACAGUUAGAUCAAUGUGAAGUUUGCAUUUUUAAUUGAUAUGAAGCCAAAAUAGACCUUCACAGCAGACAUUGACAUGCAGGAAAAGCACAGGUGUAAACAAUAUUAUUAAUAAAGGAUGCAUCCCAUUCAGUUUUGCCAGUUCCAGGGUCCUGGUAUUGCUUUCUUUUAUGGCUUUCUGGGGCACUUAGUGGAACAGAGCCAUCAUUCAUAUUAUUAUUAGUUACACCUGUGCUUUUCCUGCUAUGACAAGUCAAAAUCUGACUCAAUCUAUUGAGUCUUAAGAAUAGGCAGCUGGUGCAGUGAGCCCACUCACUUUUACAUUUUUGUUUUUAUAUAGUUGUAUAGCAGUGAUUCCCAACCUUUUUUACUUCCUAAAAUGAGGUAGUAUCUACUCGCUACCGCUCAUCACACGACACAUACGUCAGUGGUGAGCAGGUCCACCCAUAAGUGAUUCUCUCUCACUUUGUUUGAUUCUUUAGAUGCCUGAAGAGGUAAAACUACACAAACUUCACAAGUAAACAUGGAUGCAAACACUUUUCAGAAACAAAAUUGGCUUUGCAAAUGGUUUUUGAGGAACAAAAACGCAUUCAACAUGUUAGUUAGACCUCAAGAUUACAGUAGCACUGAAUGUAAACAGAAACUUUGUUUACAAGAAAACUCCACAGGGAACAUUCAAUCACCUCAUGACCCCCAGGUUGGGAACCACUGUUAGUUUAUCACAAUGACCAUGCUUAAGUAUUUUUCCCCCCUCAUGCAUCUCAGUAACUGCAGCUGAUAUAUGAAUUGUUUCUUCAUAGUACUUCAUUCACUUUUCUCCCUCCAUCUCCAGCGUUACCAGUCUUUAACCGAUUCAAGCAAUAGAGCUUCAUAAAAAAAUAAAAAUAAAACAUUUUCUCAAUUACCCCUAUUUUGCCAUCCAGCCAUGCAGAUAGUUUUUGGUUUUAUUUGUCAGGUUUUGAGGUAUUCUUGAGAUUUCUGCCUCUACCUCUAUACAAUUAAGGCGAAACACAUUUCAUUUUUGAUGGAUUGAAAAAUGAGACUUUAAAAAAAUUAAACAGCCACAUCUCUUCCCAGAAAGAGUGUCCCUGUUACUCUGAAUAAUCCACAGACCUUACUGUGAACAUUAUUGGUAGAAAGUAGUUCCAAUGAAAACUAUUCAGAGUAAGACAUUUCUGGACAGAGAUGUUGCUCUUGCAUUUCUUAAUAUAACUUGCACAUAAAAUCAAAAUUAUCUGCAUGGCUAGAUAGAGCUUAAGGUAAGUAAGAAAAUGUUUGUAAUUUGGAUGAACUGACAUUUAAUUAUUACAGAAUGUUCAGAUUUAAAUACCACUGAAUGUAUUGCAUUUCAGUAUUUUACUUUGAAAACCAUCUGCAUGAAUUUGUGGUUUAAAUUCCCUUUGAAAUUUCCAACAACUUGAAAUUACCUUCUUAAUUUCAAGUUGUACAAUUUCAAAAAAAUUUUCCCCUCCACAAUUGAAAAUUCAUGUGUGCAGUGUUUCCAGUCACUCAUCUAAACUAGUCUUUCUUGGAUCAUGUGACUGACAAAAUGUAACCUGAUAGGAUAAAAAGUUUGAACUUUGGUGUCCUCAUUUCUACCUAUCCAAUUUUAGCAACUUGAUUUAUCUCAAUUUUUAGAUCUGAAAAUAACCAACAUAAUUUGCAAGCAGUUUUUUUGCAUACUGGACACUUAAAUUAUCUGAAUUUGUGAACCCCAAAAAAAAAAAAAAACCUAUAAAAUUCAGUUUUUAAAAAUUGCACCACUUGAAAUAACCCUCUGAAAAAUUCAAAGAGUUCAACUCAAAACACAAAUUCAGAUAGAUGGUUUCAAUAGAAAUAUUUCAACGCUAUGAACUCAGUAGUAAUUAUGUCAAAAUUAGGUGUUCAUUUGCUUAUGAAAAUUAAUUAUAUUGCUUCCAUAGAAGUACUACAGAGUGACCUCCCUGCUUCAGCUGAAGUGUCAUUGAGAUCCAUUGUAAUGUAAUAGAUGAAAUAGCAUUUUAACAUGACAGGGUAUCAACUUUUUAGUCUCAGCUGUAUAUAGGAUACGUGACCAAAUAUAAACUUAACUUUUCAAAUUUGUUUUGAAAUACCAAAAUACUUUGGCAAAUGUCUAAUAUGUUAGAUUAAAGUAAAAUGAGGGAAAGAAAAGAUCCGUAAAAAUGCUUAAAACAGAUGUUGGAAAAGGAUAUUUAAAAACCACAAUCUCAAACAGCAAGACUAUAUAUGCAGUUUUACAAAUGGAAGAAAUAUGCAUGUCUACUUUCUGGUAAUUUUUCACUGUUUACUUGAUAAAGAAAUCUAUGUUACUUGCAUCCUCAAGGCUCCGUCUGAGGUAUCGAAAUCAAUUGAUGUUAUCUCACAUUAAAAUGCAUAAAAUAUUAGCAAAAGCCUUAGCUUGUAUGUAAGUAAAUUUAUUGCAUUGUAACCUUAUACUAAAACGGGGCUACAUGUGUCUAUACUCUGGAUGCUGGAUUUUUGCAUGACCAUACAGUUAAUAAACAUCAUACAUUAAAAACUG